AUGGUAUGUCCCAGAGACGACAAUUCCCUGCUCAUGCUCGAUCUCAGACUCAAAACACAUGCAGCUAGAAGCGUGACAGAAACUCAACACACCUUACAGCUACCAAAAGCCGGCAAAGGCUCCGUCAGUAUACGGGCGGCAUGGCUGGAUGAUCGCAGUGAGGCUUGGAUCCAGUCCAAUACUCCUUACAUGUCUCCGAGUCCCAAUCUAAUCAAGGAGUCGCCGCCGCCCCCAGGACUGGAUUUCGACAUUCUCUGCGCCGUUUUGUUGUCGAACGAACUGCCUUACACAUCACCAUAA